AUGUCACAAAAACAUCCGAAAGAAGCCUUUAUCAGCAACUUAAAUGGAACGAGUUUGCUGGAAAUUUCAGUAGGCCUGUCUCUAGCUCCGCUCUGCCUGCUCUGUAGAGGACUCCUCUUGAUUUUAUACUACCUGCACUAUGGGAAGCCUUUAAGCUCAAGGAAGUACAGCCUGCUGCUAGACUUCCUUGUGCUAGUCUCUCCUCUCCUGUUCUGCUGUACGGUCUUGUCUCCAAUCAUCUUCUUCAUGCCAGCUAUCAUUGCAGCCUUCUGUGCCGGAAUCUUCUAUAAAAUAUACAGCCAAAGAAAACACGAGAGCAGAGUGCCUUUUAGGCAAAUUGUAAAAGACUUCCAGGAGACGUACUUGGAGCCACAGUACAUUCCAGCAAUAACCGUGUUCCGCGUCUAUGUCAACGUGCUGACAUCCAUCAGCAUUUUAGCAGUGGAUUUCCCGCAGUACCCAAGGCGAUACGCCAAAGCCGAGACCUACGGAACAGGGGUUAUGGAUUUCGGGGUCGGAGCUUUUAUUUUUGGUAACGCUCUCGUUUGUCCUGAAGUUCGACAAAAGUCUGAGGUGACAAAACCAAGAUUUUCCAAUCUGGCCAGGCAGCUCUUUUCCGUUUGGCCGUUGGUUCUCCUGGGCGUUGGACGACUGCUUAGUGUUAAAUCCAUAGAGUAUCAUGAACAUACUUCAGAGUACGGGGUGCACUGGAAUUUUUUCUUUACCUUAGCGUUUGUGAGGCUUGCAGCAUCUCUGCUUUUAGCCAUAUUUCCAAAAAAUAAAUCUUGGAUUGUCGCUAUAAAUCUCGCUGUACUCUAUCAGCUUAUUCUUAACGCUACGUCUCUGAAGAUGUUUAUCUUGCAUGGGAGCGACAGCAGAGAUACUCGGGCUGGCUUUCUGAACGCCAACAGGGAAGGGCUGCUCUCUCUGUUUGGCUACCUGGCCAUAUACCUGGCGAGCGUCCAGGUGGGACUGUGGCUGCUGAAGUGCAGAAGCUCGGUCGCAGGCUGGAUCGCGGCAGCGCGGUUCUCGCUGCUGCUCGUCCUCGUGCUCUUCGUUUCCCUUCACGCGUCGCGAGCGCUGGCGGACCCCGUGUCCCGCCGGAUGGCCAACCUGUCCUACUGCAUCUGGGUGGUGGCUCACUGCCUGACCUUCUUCACCUGCUUUGUAGCCACAGAUCUCGCCUUGGUGUUCACAAAGCUGCUCGUGAAGGGGUCCAGCGUGCCCUGUUGCUGGGACGUUGCAAAGCCCCCCGAUACCAGUAAAAAGCCUGGAAGGGAGGCCGUGCCUGUGGGAAGGGAAGGCGAGCUGUCGCACGUUUGCCUGAUUAGCGCCAUUAAUAAAAAUCAAUUACUGUUUUUCUUGCUAGCAAAUGUUAUGACUGGUAUUGUGAAUAUCCUGAUCGAUACAAUCCACAGUGAGACUGCACUUACAUUGUGUAUCCUGCACUUGUAUAUGUUUCUUAACUGUUUAAUUAUGCAUAUAUUGCAUGCCAAAAAUAUAGUAUUAAAGUUUUGGUGA